AUGGCUAACCUUUCUGACAAAUUUCCAGCUGGUUCUUACCUUAAGGAUCGGAUUCCUUACUUGUUUAUGUGUUGUGCUUAUUCUCGCACAACGGAGAUGUAUGAGUUCAAUAUGGAAAUCUUGAGGAGUGAAGGUGGUGACAUAGUUGCUCAAUUUCUGGAGGAUCUUCCGAAGGAGAACUGGUGUAUGGCGUACUUUAACGACGAAAGAUUUGGUGAAAUGACAAAUAACUUGGCUGAGUCUUUCAAUAAUUGGGUGUUGCCUUUGAAGAGUCUUCCUAUUCUUGAUAUUAAUGAUGGGAUUAGAGUGAAGUCCAUGGCUUCAAUUGCUGCUCGGAAGCAAGAUGCUCAAGAAUGGUUCUCUGAGUUGUGCCCGGUGAUUGAAAAGAAGCUGAAGGAGAAUUUGGAAGUCGGAAGGCAUUGGAGAGUGAGCAGGUCUGAUACCUAUGUGUAUGAAGUUCAUUGCCAGAAGUACAAUAGCAUGGUAAAUUUGGAAACUCACUUUUGUUCGUGUGGAGAAUGGCAACUGUAUGGCUUCCCAUGUUCCCAUGCCCUUGUAGUGAUCCAACAACAUGGUUCUUCCCCGUAUUUGUAUGUCAAUGAGCUGUACAAGGUGGAGAAAUAUCGAGAAACUUAUUCUUUCCCAAUUAAUCCUCUUCCCUCUAUUUCGAAGCAAGUGCAUGAUUUUGGUAGAGAUGCGGUGAUAUUGCAGCCUCCUUUGACUAGAAGACCACCGGGAAGGCCUAGAAAGAAGAGGUUCAGAAAAAGGAGCGAACAAACCAGGGUGAUCAAGUGUGGUAGGUGCGGAAAAUGUGAUGGUCACAACAGAAAGAGUUGUACAGCUCCGAUAUAG